AUGCAGCUGAGCAGAAGACGGGAGAACCGCAAGACUUUACACUUCGGUGAGAAGCAUCUGAAGCAUUGGAUCGUGAAGAUAUUGGAGAUGUGUGAACAAGGUGCCCGCCGUCUCGAGGUGGCACGGGGAUGCAGUAGCCCUGGUGUCCGUCUGCUGGAUGCGGUGAGGCUCUGCGAUAUCCCUGGCCAUUCGCCAUUCCGUGUCAAUGAGGGCUGCGUGGGUGUGUUUCAAGACACCAGGCUGCGCUGGCUUGGUGUGCUGGCUUUGUUUGUCAAUGCAAACGCGAGCCAGCAUACAUUGCGGCAUUUACGACAUCGCACUAGCACUGCUCUGCCAGAGCUGCAGAAAGGCAGGCACGUUGUUGUGAACGGGCUCACCCACUCGGUAGAGCUCAACGGCCAAGAGGCUGUCGUGGAGGGCUACGAUGUGGCCUCUGCCAGGUAUGUGCUCCGCAUGGCGUCAGGUGCGUACCGCAAGGUCAGACAAGAACAUGUCAGUGCCUCUUCGAACUCGAACUCGGCUGUGAAGACGGAGUCACCUUGUGCGAUGGAAGCUGGGGCCGGCUUUACCGUGGGUUCCCAGGCAGAUCUGGCCGAAUGUGAUUGUUUGAACUCCGUCGGAUCCCAAGAAUUGGAACCACUGGAGCCUUUCAACUGGGAUGACCGCUGGUUGGAGUCGUACAAGGACCAAAUGUACACCCUGGGUAUCAAAUCCACGACAGCCAAGCUUGCAGAACUUGCGGUGGGGGGAAUUUGGGGUGAGUUUGUCAGCCUGUUUAUCGGCAUCUUCUUUCCACCGCCAGGGCAUAAGCAGAGUUUGGCCUUGCUGAAGAUAGUGCAGAAAUGGACGGAAAAAUAUGUCGGGAAGCAGCAAGCAGCCUUGGUGAGAGACCUUGCAGAGGCAAGUUUGGACACGGCCAAAAACACUCUCGAGAAGCAGUACGAGCCACCGUCUGCGGAGUUGCUGGCAGCAGUAGAAGCUAAGAACAUGAUCUUGAGGGGUGGCUCACAAAUCCCGGAGAACACUUCGCGAGCGCAAGGGAUCCCCACCUAUAUCGCGGCCACAAGCCUCGCCACGUCCUUGCGCCGGCAACUCUACAACCUGACCCUGCUGAGGGACACGUGGCCACACCCCUGGCAGGGAUCUUCGCGCCGCGCUGACAGCAUCGUCAAGGAGAUGAAGGAGCAGUACAAGCAUGACAGCCAGGAGCUCAGAAGCUUGUUGAUUGAGGCUUGGAAGCAAUGGAGAUUCUCCCAAUUCACCUUCACCUUCGACGAGUCGAGACGGAGAACCGCAGCGGCACAGGGCCGGCUUCGAGACAAGAUCUUGGACUGGACGUUUGUCUAUUAUGGACAGGCAGGCAUUGAUCGGAGCUACGGAGAGCGCACUGAAACGCAGCACCAGCGGUACUUGUUUGCAGAUGAGUUGGUACCAAUGAUCAAGCCCUUCCUCUUACUGCAACGCGUGGUGCCAGGUUGGGAAUCGAGGGCAUUGUCCAGGGGUCCACUUCCAGAGAAGUUGACUAUCGGGCCGUGGUCCUCGCUCAACGCUGGCAGUCGCGGUAACAACGCUGCGAACCCUCCCUGGGCAGAUCAAGAAGUGCCAGGCCCGAGGCCCAAGGGGAACGUCUUGGUGACCUCUGGUGGAACGAUGCGAUCGGACGGGCGUUAUGACAAGACCCGCGCGAGGAUGCCCCGUUCUACUUGCGGCAUUGAUGCGACCUAUUACCACGAGGGCAUAGCCCAGUUCGUGGCCGUGAACGCCAAGAAUGAGUCUGAGGUGUGGAUGGGGCAUCAUCUCCCCACGUCCUCUUGUCACGGAGGCUACUGUAAGGCCUUGACCACAGGCACCGGCCUCUGCGGACUACAUUUGGCAUGGUAUUUCAAAGAUCCAAAGCUCCGCUACCACAAGCGGCCAAGCCUUCGAGAUGGAAUUCAUCUUCUCCCCAGAAGUGUAGCACACUAUCAGAAGCAUCGUCUCCGCCCGAGUGUGGCGAGCGAUUGUUCCAAAAGAUAA